AAUGUUCACAUCAACAGUCAAAUCACAGCUCAGACAUUUGGCUUAUAGCUGGAAAAGUAGAGGUCUCAACAAAUUGCAGAUCAUGGCUUCUGAUGCUAGUCAUAUGCUUGAAGCAGCUUUGGAGCAGAUGGAUGACAUAAUUGCAGGUACAAAGUCAGCUGCAGAGUAUGCUAAUUGUGCUUAUGAUAUUGUGUCACCUGCUCCAUCAGUAUAUUUGGGCACAUUUCAAAUUUUGCAUCUCCUGGAAGAUCUAAAGAUGGCUUUGGAAAUGUUAGAGGAUCCUCAAGAGAAAGAAGCACUGCGAAAUCAAAUUCCAGGGGCCACAGCAAUAUGUAUACGGGAGUGGUUUGAAGAGAAUCUGUCACAGGUGAAUCAUCAUUCAUCUACUAAUAAUGAAACCUAUCAAGAAAGAUUGGCACGAUUAGAAGGCGAUAAAGAGUCUCUCAUACUGCAGGUGAGCGUUCUUACAGACCAGGUAGAAGCUCAAGGAGAGAAAAUACGGGACUUAGAAAUCUGUCUUGAGGGACAUCAGUUGAAACUGAAUGCUACAGAAGAAAUGCUUCAACAGGAGCUGCUAAGUCGAACAUCACUAGAGACUCAGAAAUUAGAUUUAAUGGCUGAAGUUUCCGACUUGAAGAUUAAGCUUGUUGGCAUGGAAAAGGAACAGAGUGAAUACGAAGAGAAACAGAACAAAGCUGAGUCGGUAGUGAACCUGAUAAGUGAGCUACAGGAGCAGAUGUGUAGACUGCAGCUGGAAAUUAAUAGUAGAAUCCAAGAAAGAAAAUCCCAAGAUAGGAAAUCCAGUGUGACACCUAAUGGUCCUCAGUCUAGCCCAACAUCAGUGGUAGAGACUGUCAGCCAGAAGAAUUGCUCUCAGUGUGAUGUACAAGAGGGUUUGCUACAGGAGCUCAGACACCUCAAAAUUAAAGUGGAAGAACUGGAAAAUGAAAGAAAUCAAUAUGAGUGGAAAUUAAAAGCAACUAAAGCUGAGAUAGCCCAGCUUCAGGAGCAAUUAGCUCUCAAAGAUGCAGAAAUUGAACGCUUACAAUGUCAGCUAUCUAGGACCUCAUCACAUAGCGAAGUUGCAGAAAGAGAGGAAGUUUAUAAGAGAAGGCUAAAAAAAAACCAUCAAGAAGUACAACGGUUGAAGAUAGGAAUGGAAUCAUUAUUGGCUGCAAAUGAAGAAAAGGACCGGCGAAUAGAGGAGUUAACGCUACUGCUAAGCCAGUACAGGAGGGUCAAGGAGAUAAUGAUUGCAGCUCAAGGCUCUUCGGACAGAAUUGUCUCUGGUGGCAGUGAAGAAGAACUUGAGGCAACUUUAAGGAAGUUGAAUGUUUUGAAUAAUCCUCAAGGAGAAGUAUUUAAAGCAGAGGUCUCUGCAGGAGAAUUGUCACCAGCUUUGCUAUCUCCAGUGACGCACAAAACUACGGAAAUCAGGGUUCCACAGAAAAAAAAGUCAAGUAGCUUAGAAGACUUGCAGAGUGAAUCCCUGGAAAAGUAUGUAGAUGGAAAACCAGUACAGCCUGUUGUAGAACAAGAGAGUAAGCCACUUGUGAAAGGCAGCAAAUAUCAAACUUUGCCAGGAAAACUUCCUCGACCCACGCAGAAUGGAGACCAGGGGACAUAUAAUGAGUCAAAUUCACCUGACACGAAUGACACUGAGUACAACAGCAUCCUGGGCCUGAAUCGCAUCAGGAGUGUCAGUGCACCCGUGCUAGGAGAAACAGAGAACAUGGACGGUACAGUAGUUUCAGAUGAUCUUUCACCUCUUUCUUUGGGAAUGGAUUCAGGUCCACAGUCUCCACUGUCUCCAGAAAACAGAAAGAGUCCAAAAGGAAUCAAGAAAAUCUGGGGAAAAAUAAGAAGAACUCAGUCUGGUAACUUCCCUGCAGACGAUCUGGGUUUGGCAGAGUUUCGAAGGGGUGGUCUCCGUGCAACAGCCGGACCUCGGUUAUCCAGAUCAAAGGAAACCAAAGGCCAGAAAAAUGACUACAAUGCUCCAUUUGCUCAGUGGAGUACUGAAAGAGUUUGUAACUGGCUUGAGGACUUUGGUCUUGGGCAGUACGUCAUUUUUGCCCGGCAGUGGGUGACUUCAGGCCAUACACUGUUAACUGCGACGCCUCAGGACAUGGAAAAGGAAAUGGGAAUAAAGCACCCACUGCACAGGAAGAAAUUAGUUUUGGCCAUUAAAUCAAUAAACACAAAACAAGAUGAGAAGUCUGCACAACUCGAUCAUAUCUGGGUGACGCGCUGGCUUGAUGAUAUUGGUUUACCUCAGUACAAAGACCAGUUUCAUGAGUCCAGAGUCGAUGGGAGAAUGCUGCAGUACUUAACUGUGAACGACCUUCUCUUUCUAAAAGUCACCAGUCAGCUGCAUCAUCUGAGUAUUAAGUGUGCCAUUCAUGUGCUGCACAUCAACAGUUUUAACCCCCACUGUCUACGCAGACGACCAGUUGAGGAGAGCAAUGUUUCACCUUCUGAAGUGGUGCAGUGGUCCAAUCACAGAGUGAUGGAAUGGCUCAGAUCAGUUGAUUUGGCAGAAUAUGCACCAAACCUCCGAGGAAGUGGAGUGCACGGUGGCCUCAUUAUUCUUGAACCUCGCUUCAACGGUGACACACUGGCAAUGCUGCUGAAUAUUCCACCUCAGAAGACCCUACUGCGACGCCACCUAACAACCAAUUUUAAUGUAUUAAUUGGGCCAGAGACACAGCAAGAAAAAAGGGACAUAACGGAGUCAACAGCUUACACACCUCUGACCACCACUGCCAAAGUUCGGCCAAAGAAACUUGGAUUUUCACAUUUUGGAAAUUUAAGAAAAAAGAAAUUUGAUGAAUCAACGGACUAUGUUUGUCCCAUGGAUACAAACCCAGGUGCUACAAAUGGUACUCAGAAGAACUACACUGGAUACAAAGGCCUUAGUCCACUCACUGAUAGGGAACUGGAUCAGAUGGAACAUUCAGAAGGAACAGUAAAGCAAAUAGGGGCUUUUUCUCAAGGCAUAAGCAAUCUUACGACAAUGUUAAGCCAAGAUGAAAUGCUAAACGACAGCAGAUUUUUAACACCUACCUUAGAAGACUGGAGAUGAUAUUUCAGCGUGACCAAGACCACUAAUACCUCAUGCCUGCCUGGGGCAGGCCAGGAGAAGCCUGAUGCUGUGGUACAGAAAAGCUUUACCUCUUUUCCUCUAGUGACACACACCACAUAGUAUUUAGUAUUGCUAGCAAAGCAACACUUCACAGGUAACUCCUCUGCACUCUUUCCAUAUAAUAUAAUGUAAAAGAGGUGCUGAAAGAAGUGCUACACAGUUGUUUUUUAUGCAGAGUCUGGAAAGCCAGUAUGUUUUACCCUUGUAUUUUAUCGUCUUUUACAUGGUAUAUCUAUGUACUGCUAUAGAAAAAGUCUUUUGUAUAUAUUUUUUUAAUUUUUAUAAUUAAGUUGUAAUGCGGGAAUCAUUAAUAUUCUAUUAUACCACAUGGACUAAUCAGAGCCACCUAGCAAUUCAGAUGUGCUGGCAAGCACACCUGUCAUGGCUCACUAUUACUGCAGUCAUGCCAGAAAUACUUUGCCAUAGAAGGACCCUCACCCCUUUCACUAGAACAUACCCUGCCCUUUUUUGUUGUUCAAUAAGCAUGGUUUAGAAUAGGAAAAAUAAAAUGUAAUUGUAUCCAACCAAGCCCUUGCAGGAGAGUGACAAUCAAGAUGGCUUGUUCACAAAUCUUUAGCUAACUCAAAGCACAAUCAAAAUAACUAAUGCAAAAUAAUUAAUGCAAAAUAUAACUAGAAUACUAGGAUGAUGCUUGCUGUACUCUGCAACAAAAUUUUCUGUGUGAUUGCUUUAAAUUGUAGGCCUUGAAGUUGAAGUGUUGAUAGGGCUUUUUCUGUAAUUUCCUGUUUUGUCUAAAAUGGUUAGUACUGAGGCACAUGUGGAAGCAUCAGGGUGCUCAUAAGCCUUCUGAACAAUCCACACAAUUCAGAGAGAACACUCAGCAUAAUACCUGGUUGAUAUAAGAUGCAGCACAGUUUUCAGGAAGACAAGGAAUAAAUUAUAAGAGCUAUAAGAGGUUAAAGCUAAUUAAACAUAUGCCUGUAAACAGCCUUUAGGAUUGGAGCUGGUAGUAGAAACUGUAAUAUUUGCAUAAGAACUGGUCAUAUUAUUUUACACUUUCAGUUCUUUCAUUCCAGCUACAGGCAGAUUUUCACAUAGUGUUUUAUUUAGCAGUGGGAAAUCAAUACUAUUGCCUGUCACAUGUAAAACAUGACUAGGGCACAUCAAGGACUAUAGUAAAGCAAACUUGUUUCUUUUGACAAAAUAAAUCUGUAGCAAUCACGUGGAGGUAGGUAAGACAGCAGUACUGUGACAGGGAAAUGCAGCUUCUGCCUACUUACACAAGGGGCAGUUCAAGGGUGAAAGUGCUGUGUUCACAGCUGCAAAUGCUUGUGCAAUCUGAUAGCACAUGCCUUUUAUGUAUUAAUAAGGUAAUUAAUAACUAACACUGUAUCUUAUACAGAGAAAUGCCAAAAAAGAAAUCCGUCCAACUGGAAAGAAAAGGCUUUUUAUGAUUAUGCAUGGUUUGCAUUACUUCCUCCUUUCUUGCUGCGAGAUGUUGGUUUAUCUAUUAAUAUAAGCCCAAGGGUGGGCUACUCCUAGCCACAAACCUUCCAAAAUAAAUAGCAAAUCUCAGGUGCUGUCCAGAGCAUGCCCAAAAUGUUAAAAUUAAGGCCGAUUUUUUUUUUCAGUCACUGAAGAAUUAAGUAAAUAAAAAUCCAAAGGAGCGAUAUGUGAAUCUGCACAUGAACAAACUAAACAUGCCCCCUCUGAUCUGGCAAUGGAGUAGUGCAGUCAGCACUAGUGUGGGCAUAUACUAACAGACACAUGAAAUACCCUGUCAGAUUAACUGAUCAAAUUCAUCCUAGUCAUAAUACUAUAACAACUGCUCUGGCAGGGGCAGCCUUAGUCUCAAUGAGCUAUUCCAAGCAGCUUUCCCUUUUUCUUUUGAGGGAGUAUUUAUAACUCACUGUAGUGUUGUGCUAAGCUUGAUGUGAAUAUCUCCUUUUUUAAUAUAGUAAGAAAUCCUAGUUAUAACACAGGCGUACAUGCCUACAUCUUUGACUGUUAUGAAUAAAUUCUGAAUAUUCUUCUAUUACUUCCUGACUGGAAUGAUUCUAACAGAAACAGAGGUAGCUGAUCUCUUAUCAGUGACAGAAUCACAGUUGUGAAUGUCUGUGACUUCCUCUGCAUUAUUACUGCAACUUCACUAAGUCAAGCUUUAACUACUAAACGAUUGAUUUUGCUUCAGAGGAAUUAAAAUAUUUAGUAAGCACA